UUCGUGCCCUCCAUUUUCAUCUCUCAUAGAUGCCAUAUAUCAAUGGAUGAAGCUAGAUGUAACCAUGUGGAUCAACACCAUCAUCAGAAACAAGAUGAUCAUCAUCAUCAUCAGGGCUGGAUAAUCAUGGAAGAUGGGGAUUCAUCAUCAUCAUCACUGGGAGAUUCAAGGAGUUCCAAUGGGUCAUCAUCGUCUUUAUCGGACAUAUUGGACGAUGCAUCAUCAUCAGGUUCAUGUUCUUCAACAAAUUCAAACACAGGACCUCUGUAUGAAUUAUCGGAGCUCAUGGUCCAAUUACCAAUCAAGAGAGGGCUAUCAAAAUAUUAUCAAGGAAAAUCUCAAUCUUUUACCUCUUUUUCAAGAGUGAAAAGCAUAGAAGACCUUGCAAAGAAAGAAACUCCUAUCAGGAAGAAAAUGAAGGCAUGUAAAAGCUAUGGGUUUGGGUUGGAUUCCCACAAGCUGUACACUCAACCUAGGGCUACAAUAUCAAAGAAGGUGUCUAGGGGUUCUUCUUCCUUAUCUUUGCAACGCAGAAGAUCAGGCAGUUUUUUAAGCAGCAGGCCUCCACCAAUUCCUGUACAGAAGAACUUCUGAGGUAGCGCUGCCUUUUUUCUUUUUUCUUUUUUCUUUUCUCUUUUUUCUUUUUUUCUGGGGUGUAGAUUUCAUGUAGAAUGUGAGCAUCUAUAUUUUACUUAUUUUGUUGUAAAUUUUAGGUACAAUGGAAAAAAUAAUUCUAAAGAUUUUUC